UCCUGAUGCACGUCCAGGCCGCCAUUGCUGCUGCUGCUGCUGUUGUUUGGCGACUUGCCCGUCACCACUAACGGCCGAUUUACAAGACCCUUUUUUUCACGAAUUGCACGGCCGCCCUCCCUGCCCAUACCCCUACUGCUACUGUUCCUGUCUGUUACUCUGCUGCCCCGUCCGCCCGACUACACACCACCAUCGCCUCCACCUCCACCUCUGCCACCACCUCUACCACCACCACAACCACCACCACCACCUGCUCACCAGUGCCAGCCGGUCUUGCACCCCCCGAGCCACCGCUCCAUCCCCACCCCUCACAUCUCCACGCCCUCGCUCCUGUCCCUCCGUGACUACGCCCUCGACCGCCCUCGGGCUUCCCCCCCUCAUGGCCCUCCUCAAGAGCGACCGACCCGCGCGCGACGCCAAAUCCCCCGCACCCCACUCCUCGCCCCUUGCCCGGGUCAUGUGUGAGUUCGAGGAGCUCGUCGACAGUUUCGAGGCUGGCUUGCUACGCUCGCUCGCCGACGGCCAAGACGGCACCGUUGCCGACACAUUACAUCUCAAGGACGCCUCGAGCGACCGCGUCCGCCGUGAGGCCUGCCGGCUGGCCAUUUCCCAUCUGAGCAACAAGUACACCCCCACCUACAUCCGCCGCUCCCUCGACGCCGCCGAACUCGAGGGGAAACGAGUCGAGGACCAACUGCAGUCCCUCUCUCUCAAUGGCACCCUAGACGCCGACACCGAUGCCGAUGCCGAUGCCGACGACGGCAGCCGCCUGGGCUCCCUAUACAAUGGCUACUUCCGCCUCUACUCGACAGAGCUCUUUGACCUUCUGGGCCAGCCCGCCUAUCUGCGCUUCGGUACUCUGCGCUUUCACAACAACUCGCCCGCCCAACACACCCACACAGCCUCGCAAGACCAGUCGCAGCCGUCCAGGGUCUCGGUUGAGCUUGCCCUCAACGAUUCCUUCUUCGUCGCCGACUCGGAGGAGACGCUGCCCUACCACACAUUCCGUCUCCCCACCGGGCCCUCUCUCCAAAAUCGCGGCAUACUCAGCAGAAAGCCCGAGGACAACGGUGCCUUGCCCCAGUACGACUCUUGGUUGCUUUUUACCUUUCUCGGCAACGGCUGCAUCAAGCUCGAGGUGCCCAUUGAAAUGUGCGCAGAUAUAUACCGCGGCCGUCUGCAAGGAUGCGAAAACGAAGAGGUCCUCUUUUGGGGCUUCUUCGUUGAUGAUGACGACGAUGAGUAGCAUUGGCGUUGGCUGGAGUUGGGGUCAACAAGGCUUUGGUAUUGGAGUUGGGCGCAACAGGACUGACCACAUCGGCCGCUACACCGGGUGCUUGGAUAUGCAUUCACGAUUGACGAAUUUCCUUUGAUUACAUUCUUAACCUUCUCCCACGCUCCUCCUGCGGGCUAUCCUUAUUUUUUUUAAACCCCCCACACGUCAUUCAUUGGUAUCCUUGUUUCUAUUUUCAUUUUGGACUCUAGGGCGGCAUCUGUGCAUAGCAUUUUUACAUUAUAUCAAAAGGCGGAAAACGGGCUAGAUGAUAGAGCGCGUGAACGCGACACAAGCAUUUGGUACCUCGAUAAUACAGACUGAUGAUCGAAUCACAUGCGCCGG